CCUUUUUCCUCCGACUCUAGGUGUCUUUGCUUUGCUUGCACACUUUUCCUUUAUCAGAUCUUCUCACUAUGAACAGACAAGUCUGCAGGAAGUCCUUCAGUGGCGGGAGCCAGGGCUUCUCUGGCCACUCCGCCAUCGUCUCCGGCAGCAACAGGAUGAGCUGUGUGGCCCGCUCUGGGGGAGCAGGUGGAGGGGCCUGUGGGUUCCGGAGCGGAGCAGGUGGCUUUGGCAGUCGCAGUCUCUAUAACCUGGGUGGCAACAAGAGCAUCUCCAUCAGUGUGGCUGGUGGCUCCCAGGCUGGUGGUUUUGGGGGAGGGCGUAGCAGCUGUGGCAGUGGCUUUGCGGGUGGCUAUGGAGGUGGCUUUGGUGGUGGCAGAGGAAUGGGAGGUGGCUUUGGAGGGGCUGGUGGCUUUGGAGGAGCUGGUGGCUUUGGAGGAGCUGGUGGCUUUGGUGGACCUGGUGGCUUUGGAGGGCCAGGUGGCUUUGGUGGUGGGCCUGGUGGCUUUGGUGGACCUGGUGGCUUUGGCUCUAGUGGCUUCCCUGGGGGAAUCCAGGAAGUGACUGUCAACCAGAGCCUCCUGCAGCCCCUCAAUGUGGAGAUCGACCCCCAGAUUGGGCAGGUCAAGGCCCAGGAGCGGGAGCAGAUCAAGACUCUCAACAAUAAGUUUGCUUCCUUCAUCGACAAGGUGCGGUUCCUGGAGCAACAGAACAAGGUCCUGGAGACCAAAUGGAACCUGCUCCAACAGCAGGGCACCAAUUUCACCACAGGCACCAACAACCUUGAGCCCCUUUUUGAGAACUAUAUCAGUUCCCGGCGGAGCUACCUGGACAGCAUUCUGGCGGAGAGAGGCCGUCUGGACUCAGAGCUGAGGAACAUGCAGGACCUGGUAGAGGACUUCAAGAAGAAAUAUGAGGAUGAAAUCAAUAAACGUACAGCUGCUGAAAAUGAAUUUGUGACCCUGAAGAAGGAAGUGGAUGCUGUCUACACGAACAAGGUGGAACUUCAGGCCAAGGUGGAUGCUUUAAUAGAAGAGAUCAACUUCCUGAGGACACUCUAUGAUAUGGAGCUGUCCCAGAUGCAGAGUCAUGUCAGUGACAUGUCUGUCAUCCUCUCCAUGGACAACAACCGCUGCCUGGACCUGGACAGCAUCAUUGCUGAGGUCAAGACCCAGUAUGAGGAGAUAGCCCAGAGGAGCAAGGCUGAGGCUGAGGCCCUGUACCAGACCAAGUUGGGAGAGCUGCAGACCACGGCUGGCCGACAUGGCGAUGACCUGAAGAGCACAAAGAAUGAGAUCAUGGAGAUCAACAGGAUGAUCCAGAGGCUGCAGACCGAGAUCGAGAGCGUGAAGAAGCAGAAUGCCAACCUUCAGACAGCCAUCGCAGAAGCUGAGCAGCGUGGGGAGAUGGCCCUCAAGGACGCCAAUGCCAAACUCCAAGAGCUGCAGGCUGCCCUACAGCAGGCCAAGGAUGACAUGGCUCGGCUGCUGCGUGACUACCAGGAGCUGAUGAACGUCAAGCUGGCUCUGGAUGUGGAGAUCGCCACCUACCGCAAGCUGCUGGAAGGCGAGGAGUGCAGGAUGUCUGGAGAGUGCCAGAAUGCUGUCAGCAUCUCCGUGGUCAGCAGCAGCAACACGACCUCGGCCUCUGCAGGUGGUUAUGGAGGAGGUUUUGGCGGUGGCUUCAGCGUGGGAGGGGGCGCCGGCAGCGGCUUCAGCGGAGCAGGCGGCAGUGGAAUCGGAGGUGGCAGUGGAUUCGGAUUCGGCGGUGGCAGUGGAUUCGGCGGAUGCAAUGGCUUUGGAGGCAGCAGUGGAUUCGGUGGAGGCAGUGGCUUCGGAAGCGGCAGCGGCUUCGGCUCUGGCUACGGGGGUCGCCGUGGCAUCAGUGGUGGAGGCUUCAGCUCAGGCAGCAACCGGGGUGGCAGCAUCACGUUCUCCCAGUCCUCCCAGCGCUGCUCCAGAUAA